UCAGAGAGGCGGGCUUAGGGCGGACUCUCUCCAGCUUCCUCAAGACUGAGGCAUUUGUUUGAGUGGGUGGGGCAUGAAGAGAAAGGGCAUUGGUUUGCUAUGCAGAGGCUGGAGUAUAUAGACUUUCUGCUUCCUUACAAGCAGCAGAGCAUCCAGAUGCUUGGACCCAUCCUCUGAAAAUGGGGUCCAGCUGAGCCUAGGAGCUGCACGGAAUGGUGGCAGUCACCUUACCAGUGCAGCAGGCAUGGACCGGACUGCAAGCUAGGAGAGCAAGACAUCAGCCAGGAAGAGGGAACACACAGCUAGGCUUAAGGCCUCCUCAUCGGGAUGUCCCCAGGCCCCCCAGCCCAAGCCCAGCAUAAAGGCUGUGGGGGGGGUCCCCCCUGACCGAAGGCAGGGCUUCAUGCGCCACGUGCAAGCGGAGACGUCUCCAUCCUCAGAGCCAGAGGCUGGCCCUUCGCAGCCUGCAGUCAGGCAGGGGGCCCUCCAGGGUGGCCUGCUCAUGGGCUACAGCCCAGCAGGGGGGGCGACAUCCCCCGGGGUCUACCAGGUAUCCAUCUUUUCCCCUCCAGCUGGUGCCUCUGAGCCUCCUAGGGCCCUGAAACGGCCAGCCCCACCUACCGAGGGUCCCAGGGAGCUGAAGAGAGGCCCCGGACUAGGGGCCAGAGAGGGACUACCCCCUGAAGAACCACCCACUGUCGGGCUCUUGGGCCCAGAGGGACUGGGGCUGAAACUGGGCGUGGCCAGCCAACAUUUCUGCCAUCACGGCCUCUGUGUUGUGGAACAAGGAGGUAGUUCCACCUCACCUUGGACUUCGGGGGCCCGAAGUUCCCCCUUGCCCCCAUCAAAUGCUUCCUGCAGUACUUUGCACACCAGAGACUGGGCUUCCCCAGAUCCAAGGGGACAGGGGUCCCUGGGGGUGUCCCUGGGGCCAGCCCCUCCAGGCCAGCUGCACACACUUGACACUGAUUUGCACAGUCUUGCACAAAUAGGGGGUAAGAGCCUAGUGUCUGGGGUGGGCAACGGGGGCAGCCCCUGGCCUAGGGAGUCCCCUGGCACUGCCAAUGGGUGCAGCCCCGAGCACACACCCCCUGGCCCCGGACCUCCAGGCCCCUGCCCCACCAAGCGAAGGCUGCUUCCUGCUGGAGAAGCCCUGGAUGUCAACUCUGAGGAUGAGGGGCCAGCCCCUCGGAGGCGCCGGGGAACCCUGGGCCACCCUCCUGCUGCCAACAGUUCUGAUGCCAAAGCCACACCCUUCUGGAGCCACCUGCUGCCUGGGCCCAAGGAGCCCGUGCUGGACCCAACAGACUGUAGUCCCAUGGGGCGGAGGCUGAAAGGUGCCCGUCGCCUGAAGCUGAGCUCCCUGCGAAGCCUCCGGAAGGGACCAGGCCUGCUGAGCCCCCCCAGUGCCUCCCCUGUUCCUACCCCUGCUGUCAGCCGUACCCUGUUGGGCAACUUUGAGGAAUCAUUGCUGCGAGGACGCUUUGCACCGUCCGGCCACAUUGAGGGCUUCACAGCAGAGAUCGGAGCUAGUGGAUCCUACUGCCCUCAGCAUGUCACGCUGCCUGUCACUGUCACCUUCUUUGACGUUUCUGAGCAAAAUGCCCCGGCUCCCUUCCUGGGCGUCGUGGACCUGAGUCCCCUGGGGAGGAAGGGUUACAGCGUGCCCAAGGUGGGCACCAUCCAAGUGACCUUAUUUAACCCCAACCAGACUGUGGUGAAGAUGUUCCUCGUGACCUUUGACUUUUCGGACAUGCCUGCUGCCCACGUGACCUUCCUGCGCCACCGCCUCCUUUUGGUGCCCGUGGGUGAGGAGGGGAAUGCUGGCCCCGCCCGCCGCCUCCUCUGCUACUUACUGCACCUCAGGUUCCGGAGCUCCCGCUCAGGCCGCUUAAGCCUGCAUGGCGACAUCCGCCUGCUUUUUUCCCGCCGGAGCCUGGAAUUGGACACAGGGCUCCCCUACGAACUGCAGGCUGUGACCGAGGCCCCUCACAAUCCACGUUACUCACCUUUGCCCUGACUGUCAAUGCCCUGAACCCCUUGUGGGCCAAAGACCUGCCCAUCCUGCUCCAUCCUGGACAGAGUGAACACGUGGAGAGGUGGCGAGAGACCUCUCAGGCUUGCAUUAAAGCCUUCACCAUGCUCAUGCCCAAACUGACCUUUGGGUGUUUAAAGCUUCUGACCUUACCACACGCUGCCCUGUUCUGGGUCCUCCACGUGCCGGCCCCUCCCUUGGAUUUCCCAGGCUGGCUGCGACGGUGGGGAGGAACUGGAGCUACCCUGAGGUUGUCCUAAGUUCCCAGGCAAGUCAUGCCAGCAUUGCCUCCCUGUCCUGGGCAGGGGCCAUUUAUUAUUUUAUUUAUUUUUAAUUUAUAAUUUAUUCAAAUUGGAUUGCCUUGGUAACCUCCCAAACCUGAUAAUUGGCAUUGCCCCCCUCCUUUCCCACUCUCAGAUAUUGCUCCAACCUCAGGAGUUGAAGAGGCUGAUGUGGGGGCUGUGGGAGAAGUGUUCUCCCUCAGCUGAGAGCAGAGAAGUUAUCCCAGAAGAACUGAGUCACCAGCCAAAGACUCAGCUUCCCCUACCCUUCCCAAUGCCUUUCACUUCCCUGACCUCACCCCUCCUGAAAGCCAACUUGUGUGUGUGUGUGUAUGUUUGUGUGUGUGUGUGUAUGUGUGUGUUGUGUGUGUGGUACGUACGUGAGAGAGAGAGUGUGUGCAUGCAGUUGCGCACACAUCUAGGACUCUAGACCCUGGCUGUCCCUCUCCUUCUUCUGCCUGUGUCUCUUUGCUUUGGGGUCCUGACUGAGGAAGGUGUUCAGGGUACAGAGUCAGGGCCAAGGACUAGGGUGUCUCCUCCCUCCUGGCCAGAUUCUGACCCACCUACCUCAGUUGGGGUGAGGGGCACCCCUCAAACUCAGUCAUGUAGUUACCAACUACCCCAUUCCCCAGUCUAGACUCUGACCCAGCCUUAGCUCUGAUGCCUGGGGCUGGACUGAGGGGAACAAGCAUUUGCUGAAACUUGAAAAGAAAACAACCCAGGAAAAAAAUCGCACCUGGUACUUUUUUUUUUUUUUUUUAGGAAAAAAAAAGAAAAGAAUAAAUUCUUGUUUGGAAACUUGAA